AGUAUGGAAGUGCCAUUGCUGUUCGAAUGUAUUAUUUGAUGUUCUACAUGAACAUGUCUCUAGAUCAGAACUAAUCACCCUGGAAAGUAACCUUCUUGCCUCUAUUUAUUUGCUAAAUAUACCCAGCGGGAAUUCCAGCCCCAGUGUAUUUUGGAGUGGCCAUAGAUACCACUUGCCUGAAAUGGGGAAGCAAAAGAUGUGGGGGAAGAGGAGCGUGCAGACUCUACGACUCCAGUGCACUCAGAUCUGAAGAGGGUUUGUUUCAAGUGACCCAUUUUUUCCGAGAGGCUCUGCAGUGGCAUCUGGAUCUUCCUUCAGAAAUCUGUUCUGUUUGUAGUUAGAGUUGCACAAACAGAUCACUCAGUAAAGAAAUCAACCAUGACAGUGGAAACCGAAUCCAGCAAUGUCGACGACUCAAAUCAGGAAGCAGAACCUGCCCAGCUUUUGGAUGAUGAAGCAAACAAAAAUCUACCAGUCAAAAAGAAGACUUCCUGUUGCACUGGCUUGAAGGCGUUUCUCGCUGCUUUAUCAUUCAGCUACUUGAGUAAAACGUUGUCUGGUACAAUUAUGAAAAGCUCCAUCACUCAGAUUGAACGAAGGUUUGACCUGACGUCCUCUACUGUUGGUUUUAUCGAUGGGAGCUUUGAGAUGGGUAACUUGCUUGUGAUUGCAUUUGUAAGCUACUUCGGAGCUAAACUUCAUAGGCCCAAAGUAAUAGCUGUUGGAUGCUUUACUAUGGCUUUGGGAAGUCUUUUAACAGCAAUGCCUCAUUUCUUCAUGGGAUAUUAUAAGUAUGAGACAGCAUCACAUACAGCUUCUUCAGCCAACUUAAGUUCAAGCAUAAAUCCCUGUUCCCUACAUCAACAUGUGAACGAAACCUUGUUGGAAAUCUCCCAAUCAGGCUGUGAGAAAGAACCGUCAUCACAUAUGUGGAUAUAUAUCUUACUGGGAAACCUGUUACGUGGAAUUGGUGAGACACCGAUAACACCAUUGGGCAUUUCUUACCUUGAUGAUUUUGCUAAAGAAGAGGAUGUUCCUGUGUAUGUAGCAUGUUUGCACACAAUAGCCAUGUUGGGCCCAAUGUUUGGUUUCCUGUUGGGAUCUUUAUGUGCAAAACUGUACGUGGAUAUUGGAUUUGUGGAUUUAGGAAGCAUCACUAUCACCCCACGCGAUUCCCGCUGGGUGGGUGCAUGGUGGCUUGGUUUUUUAAUAAGUGGAGUAACCAGUUUUCUAGCUGCUAUUCCAUUUUGCUUCCUGCCGAAGAGCCUGAAAAAGCCAGAGGAAGCCAAUAAUGAAAAAACUUCAUAUCGUCUCCUGGAAAACAUGGAUUACUCAGCAGUAAUUAUGCCAUGCAUCUUUCAAAGCCAACUCAUAUAUCCCUUUCUUUCAGAUUUCUGUACCUCCCUGAAAAAAGUAUUGAGUAAUCGAAUGUACUUUACAUUUCUGUGUUGCUCACUGUUACAGUUCAGUAGCUUUAUUGGUUUCUUGACUUACAAACCAAAGUACAUGGAACAGCAGUAUGGACAAUCUACAUCUAAAUCUAACUUUCUAAUAGGAUUGACAUCCUUACCUCCUGUAGGUAUUGGGAUUUUCCUAGGAGGGCUUAUAAUGAAAAAGUACAAAAUGAGCAUCAUUGGAGCAACCAAGUUUGCAUUUACCAUGUCAUUUUUGGCCUACACCAUCACUCUCUUGCACUUUUUUGUUGGCUGUGAGAACCAUGUGGUAGCAGGAAUGACAGUGUCCUAUGAAGGGACCAAACCCAUUCCGUACCAUGAAAAUUCCGUAUUUUCUGAGUGCAACUCUGACUGCAAAUGUGCCUCCAAUGUGUGGGAUCCUGUGUGUGGAGACAAUGGACUCACGUACGUUUCGGCGUGUCUAGCUGGGUGUACAACUUCGGUGGGACAUGGAAAGAACACAGUCUUCCAUAACUGCAGCUGUCUUGAAGCCAGCAGUUCAUGGACAGGAAAUAACUCUGCCACCUUGGGACAAUGUCCAAAAAGUGAGGAUUGUUCAAUGAAGUUUAUUUAUUAUACAGUAAUACAAGUCAUAAGUGGCUUUUGUUAUGCAUUGGGAGGCACCCCAGCAUACAUGAUUAUGUUUAGAUGCGUUCAUCCAGAGUUGAAAUCUCUUGCGGUUGGUCUAUACACACUCAUUAUGAGAAUGCUAGCUGGUAUUCCAGCACCAGUUUAUUUCGGUGCACUGAUCGACAGGACAUGCUUGAAAUGGGGAAGCACAAGCUGUGGGCAGCGAGGGGCUUGCAGGCUGUAUGACUCCAGUGCAUACAGGUAUGUCUACCUUGGUUUAUCAGCGGUGUUAAGAGGUCCUUCCUACUUGAUUGCAAUCCUUUUUUUUAUAUUGAUAAAGAAACACUUUCAAAAUAAGAACUCCAGGCCUAUAGAGAAUGGAGGAAGAGAAGAUGCUCCUAUGAAUAAAGAAGAUAAUUGCAAGAUCAAAGAACGUUUGCCAGGUUCUUCUGAUGCAGAGAAUGAAUCAUGUAUUUAGAAAGCCAUUUAGACCAGUGUCACAGGAAUCAGGACAGCUUCUUUUAGAAACAACUUUCAUAAUACUAUGCAUAACUAAAUAAUAAAUAAUAACACCAUUCAGAAAGUAAAACUAAUAGCAAACCUGCCAUCAACAACAAGAAAAACUAACAUACAAGUACGAAA